AUGGCCUCCCUACCGGUCGGAUAUAUGAUGCAGACAUAUUCAACCAUGGCUUAUUUGCGGAAGGCAGUGGAUGAGAUCCAAAAGUUUUACGUGCAAGAGAAGAGUCACAACCAGUGGCUUGUCGUUCGGGGGCUGUCGGAGAAUGCUACUCAACAGCUGGACAAGGAUGGAUUCAAUCUUGGGGUAAAAUUCCGGUUCCAAUGGGAGAGCACAACAGGUCUUAUCAAAGUCGUUCCUAAUGAGCCCCACGACACUGUCACUCGGCGAACCCAGCUUACAAUCCACAACGCAAUGCUUGGUAUGGGAAUGAGAUGGCAGUCUUCCCAGUGGAUGGGAACUACUACAUAUGGCCCAGCUAUUGGAAAAGGUAAACAAGCUGACGAUGCAUUCGUACCGCCACCACGAUGUAAGCCGCAAGUGAUGAAAACGGGAUGGCCGACCCUUGUUAUUGAAACAGGGGAUUCUGAGGGAAUCUCACAGCUCAGAGGUGACGCGGCAAAGUGGUUCGCCGACUCUCAUGGGGAAGUCAGGAUUGUCCUCAUCAUCAGCAUUAAGGCCAAGUGGAUCGACAUUGAAAAGUGGCAGCUGGCUCCCACAAACUCCCCUCAACCAUUGACAGAAGCAGCUGUGGAGAAUCUUUGUGCCCAGACUCCGAACAUACCACCAUUGACAACCCAACUACCACUCAAUCAACAGUCCUAUUGCGCACAAGAAGUUCGAGUUGCUGAGAACGGGAUUUCAGGCACGCCAUUGAUCCUCCCCUUCGAGGCCCUAUAUGACAGGGUCCCGGCAAAUACCAUAGAGAGCGAUGUGAUUAUCUCCGAACAAGACCUGAUCGAUAUCACCGAACUGUACUGGUGA